GUAUUUUGUCUGAGUAGGAGUGAGAGUGAGAGUGAGAGUGAGACGACAAAAAAGAAUACUUGUAACCUUGUAAGCUGGUACAGGAAUAUUGAGUAACUUCGGUGGACACUUUGUAUCUAUCUAUAUCCUGCGUACAUCCUAUUCAGCCUCUCUGAUUGAAAAGAGAAAGAGAAUGAAUUACACCUGCGAGAACGGGAUAUCUUUUGAUUUGUUUCUGCACUGCUCUUUGGUCCCUUCAUGCUUCAUUGUGGCCAUCCUUUCUGUCAUUCAAAGGAGAAGCAAACUGCAAACUAUUGAUGACAAAUUCCCUAUACUUAAAGGUCACUUUGCCAUUGUUGUCCCUCUAGAUUUCAUAGGAAGCCUAAGUAACCGCUGGUCAUAUGGAUUUGCCUUUGGAGCCGUGUCAUCAAGUGUGCUGCUGCUGUUUUCUGAAGGAUAUAUGCCCUUUGUUGUGCCAGGAUGGGCCCGAGCAAUAGUUUAUCUCGUGGGUGCCCUGGAGGUGGGCGUGGCUUAUUACCCAUUCUUCGCCUGUCUGUCCACUCCUCAUAGGAUGUGGGGAGGGAUACUGGGCCUUCUCUACACCCUUACAUGGGUCAUUGUGACAGCAGUGGACAUUGCCACUUGUCCAGAUGGAAGGGUGCUUGGGAAAUGGCAAAAGCUUAUUUUGCAGUGGCCAUCACUACUGUGUCUGCUUUUUCUCCUGGGCCGAUAUGUCUACAUAAUAGUGAAGUCUAUCCGCAUUCAUCUGAAAUUACUGGCCGAGGAGGAGGAGCAACAGCUUAUGCAGAGUCACCAAGCCAGCUACGUGCAAAGUUUACUGCGAAGACCAUCUGAACGAUCAGCAAACAAAAGUUGGUUCCAGAGAAAGGUCUAUGAUUGGGACCCUUACUUCAAGUUUCCCAACAGAAUGAUUGGGACCUCCAUCAUUUCUCUUAUUGGAUUGUACACAGUCACUUUGGCUGACUACAGCCUCAGUGAUUACAUCUUUGAUCAUAUCGAUGCAUGGAAAGAUUCAGUUGCACAACUGGCUUCAUCUUGCAAUCAGACAAACAAUCUCUUCCUUGGCUUAGCACCAAAAAUUGAGAAGUUCAGCGAUGUGGCUCGAAAAUCUUGGCUUGCCACAACCUUUUUUGCCUGUUUUACCUCCGUCUCAUACACGUUUCAUGUAUUAGCAUGCUACAGGAAACAUAUUCGGAGGCUAUGGGCGGGACAGAAAGGUUUUCUGCCUGAGAAGUUUCACAAUCCCAGUUCUGCAGUGAGUGUGGCUGCUAUUGCUAGAUACUCUGGCUGGCAAAUAGCCUUCACCUUAUGGGGGUAUUUCAUUGUGCAUUUUGUGCAGUUCCUCUUUGCCAUGCUCUUUGUUUAUGGAGUAGUUAUACCUAUUCAGGAGGGGCGAUAUUUGGAGUGGUUGACGAAUUUUGGAUUCAUCAUCUUGACCAUCGGCCUAGUAAUUGUUCUGGUUAUAUUACAAAUUGUUAUUGUCCAGGUGUUCUUCCUUCAGGACAAAAUAAAUCCAGAGGACAAGGAAAAACCUUUAUCACUGAACAAUAGGAAGGCGUUCCAUAACUUCAAUUACUUUUUCUUUUUUUAUAAUGUCAUCAUGGGUCUGAGUAACUGUGUUAUCAGACUACUAAUGAGCUGCGUUGUGGGAACAUGGCUUGUACCACGAAUAGACCGCACCAUCAUGCAACGUGGCUAUGAGUCUAUGGAUCCAGGUUACAGUACAUGGAUUGGGAUGAUUUUUGCAGAUCACUACCUCAGUAAUCCAGUGUUGGUCUGCUUUUGCAAUGUGUUAAUCGUCACAAGAGUGGAAAAGAAAAGACAAAAUAGGUCGACAUACUCCCAGUUCCAAAACACCAUGUCAGAGUCAGGGAGAGGGGGCAGAGUAAAAGGUCGUUGGCUUCUGUUCUACACCCUACUGAGGAAUCCACAGCUCAUUUUGCUCCGAAAGAAUCGGUCCAUGUCUCCGCGGGAAAACCACAAAGCUACUACAGCAGCUUGGGUGAUGGCCUCACAGGUCGAACCAUCACAAGAUCUAGUAACACAAGCAACCCAAGAACUUGAUCAUAACAAUGAACAAGAUGUUGUUCAAUAGCUAAAUGUAGUUAUUUUGUUUGUCAUUACAAUUUAACAUUCUAUGUUUUGGGAAAAGCUUAGUGGAUGUUGACAUUUGCAUGUCCAAAUAAAGUUUGGCUUACGCCUAUUUUUCUGCACUGUAGGCUACAUGUUUGUAGACUUAAAGUACUGUACAGUUAUUGAAAGAGGGGCUAGAUGACAAAUUCUUAGGCAUGGUAACUGGGGGAUUAUUGCAUGAUGCCAUGAAUCAGUAUCAUGACCAUUCCUAAAAGUGUAGUUGUGUAUCUUAAUAUAUUUUUUUAAAUAUCAUGUUUAGUCAACAACAUGUCAUUUUAGUCAACAUGCAAUAGGUAGAGUAAAAGGCAACAGUAAACAUUGCAUUAUUUUACUAUAUAUAGGCCUACAGUGUUUUGAACGUGAAACAUAAGAGGCUCACAUAGAAUUAUGUUGGAAACCUCAAGUCUAUUGUUGGUCUGCAUGUGUUAUCAGCUUGGUUUUAUACAUGUCCUAAAGUGUUUUUGGAAGUUUCAAAUAGAUCUGCAUCAGUAGUGCAGUUUUUUUCAGUUGCUUUUGUAGAUGCCUCAGACCAAAAGUGAAAUUCUCAGACUUGAACAACCAUCACAUCCACUGAAAUUAUCAUACAAUUCUCAGUUUUGAUACAUUAUCAAUUGAUUUUGUCAUAUAAAUAAAAAAAAAUCAAGAAGGGAAUCUUCUAAACAGUCUCAA